AUGAUUUUAAUUUUAGAAGAAUGUGAUAACCAUAUAUUAUCUUGCAUUAGAUAUUCUGUACUUGCUGUUGUGUCUCUAAUUAUUGCAAUAAUCUCAAUUAGCUGGUCUUUUCAUUACUACAAAGCAAAUGGAUCAAUAAAAUAUGAGAUAGCACCUAUGAUUUGUUGUUGUUUAUAAGCAAUUGUCCAUUUGAUUUAAUACACUAUUUACAAUUCUAAUAGGAUGAUCAUUUCAGCAAGCCUAUUACAACUAAUUACCUUUAUCCUUGUUUCAUAAAGUCUAGCCAACCUAAGAUAUCGGUUCAAAUAUGCAGAUGACUGUAAUUAUUCAAUUUUAUCUAUAUAGUGGAAAAAAGAAAAAAUCGAUAUUUAAGGUUAAUGAUUGGCAAAGGAGCUUUUUAUUUGAUAGUAUUUUCAUUCCAGUUUUUCUUCUUCUUUGAAAUUGAUGAUUCUUCUUGCAAUAAGUAUGAUUACUAUUGUUAUAAUAGUUAUUUUUAUUACAGUCUCGAUUUAUUGGAAGUGCAAAUAUUGAUAAUCACAAUAUUCACACAAAUACAUGGAUAAUCACUGAUCUAUUAUAUAAGAAGAAAAGAAGAAUCAUUAAGUCAAAAUCAAGAAUAAUAUUCGAAAUUCCUUGACAGCUCUUCAAUGAUAAAAAAUACUUUAAGCAUGAAACUAAAAUAGAUUAAAUUAGUUAUUUGGGCUUAAACUAUUACAAUGAUAACAUUCAUUGUACUCAUAAUAAUCAUGUAUAAUACUAAUAAAGAGUUAUUUUGCUUUUAAAAAAACAAAGAAUAAACUUAUUCUGUUUUUUAAAUCAGCAUUCAAAUAUUUUUUACAGUAGUUCAAUAAUUUCCAUGUUUUUACAUACCUUAUGCAUUUUAUUAUGCUGAAAAAACAAGAUCGGUAUCAAAAGCAACAGUUAUCGAUUUCAAUAUUUAAUAUGAUGAAUCUACUGCAGAACAAUAGAUUUAAAGAACUAGAAAAGGAAGUUCCUUAGAAGACAACUUUGUUAAUAUGAUUCAUAGUAUUUAAUAAGAUGAUUGA